CGCGCUCGCCCCUCCCGCGACCAUGUCCGUGCGCGUCGCACCGACGCCUCACCGCUCACCGGCGCUCGUCACGUGUCACCGCGUCCGUCCGACGCGGGCGCGGGUCUCCGUCGCGUGCCGUGCCUCGGCGCGCGCCCGGGCGAACGGGAAUGGCGACGACGCGUUUGGCGCGUCGUCAGUCGCGUCCACGCGUUCGUUCGUCCGUUCGUCUUCCCCCGUGUCGCCCUCCUUCGGCGCCCGCGACGCGCUGCUGAGCGCCGCCAAAGGACGGGGAUCCACGAUUCGUGCCAGGUUCGGCGCGGAGGAGACCUUCGUGCUGACCGUGGUUGCCGGGUUCAUCGUGUACAUCGCCCUCAACUACGACGAGAUUGUGGCCAAGCAGAAGGCGGCCGUGGAGAAGGCGAUGAGGGAACAGGAUCGCGCGAUCGGAGCGGCCACCGCGCAGCAGAAGGCGGCGACGGACGCGGCGAAGCGGGCGCAGGAGGACGCGGGGCGGAAAGCGGCGGAGGCGGCCGAGGAGGCGCGGCGCAGAGCGGGGGGAGAGUAGUUAGUACCUCGCACGUGUUCACGCUACAUUUACUCGUCAUGAC